CACUGAUCUGAUUCUGUUGUAUCGCUCAGCGCAGCCGCAAUAAGCCUGGUUCGAUCAGCGCUGAUCGAUGGAGCAUUUCAGGAGAGGAGUGGAGUUUGGGAUGGCAUCCUUUCAGAGAUGCCAUUCUAUGUCAUGUCAAGUGGCAGAGAGCGCUCCGAUCGACGCGCAAAAGGCGGCGAUCCGCUGUAAAGAGAAAUCACAGCGUUCUAAAUGCAGCAACCCCGCAGAGGUGCUGGUCAUCCCUGAGCAGGCAAUGGAGUUCCUCUCUCGAACAUGGAGCCCCUCCUCCUCGGAUAUCUUCCAAAUACUCUCCCCAAGCAGCCUGGGAUCAUCACCGGAAGACCGUGAGUCAAAAGGCACAAGAGGAGACGGAGACGAAGACAAAGACAGAGGCAGAGACGAUGAGAAAAAUCUCGACACGGUCCGCUCCGAUGGAGGAAGAAGCCAAUUGUUCGAUCAGACAUGGGGAGUUCUAGCGAGUGGGAAGCAUAGCUCCGGACAGCGCAGGCACAAGAUAGCCCAGCCUACCUGGCUCAACGCUGGGAACAUGAAGGCAAUGCUGCGAGGGUUCUUCCUGGACAGCGUGCCGGUCACCGGAAGCCGGCGAAGGAGGAGGAGAGACGAGCUCCGGCUGCACACAGCGCAGGUGCACACGGCCGUGUCGGUGGCGCAGCUCGCCGCGGCCGUCGCGGGCAUCGUGUCGGUGUGCGAGCUGCGGCCGGCCGCCGCUGCGGCUGACAAGAGGAUGUCCACGGUGCUCGCGUCCGCCGCGGCGCUGGUGGCCACCGUCUGCGCAGAGGCCGCGGAGACCGCGGGCGCCAACCGCGGGCGCGUCACGUCCGCCGUGAGGAGCGGCCUCGAGAGCCGCUCCUCCGCCGAGCUGCUCACCCUCACCGCCACCGCUGCGACAUGCCUGAGGGGAGCUGCGGCACUGAAACUGAGGGCAGCCGACCUCAGGGGAAUCGGCGGCGGUGGCAGCGGCAACGCCAUGGCCAUGAGCAUCAGCGCUGGCAUCCAGAAGGGCACAACCCUCAGGGUCUGCCUGCCUUGCGGGAGGGUGCGGGUGAGGACGGUGGCCGUCUUCCCGCAGCGCGGCGGCGCGGUAGCGCUGAGGCUGGGGAAGAAGCGCCUGCACGGCGCGUUCGCGACCUACAAGGACUAUAAAGUCGCGGCGGUCGGAGACGGCAGCGGCGUCGAGGCGGUGGUGGAGGGGCGGCCGGCGUUCCCGGUGGUGGUGAGCACGGCGGAGGGGGAGACGGUGCAGCUGCUGCUGGAGAACCAGACGCACUGCAAGGUCUGGAAGGCGGCCAUCGAGAGCAUGCUGUCCGAUCAGAGGCUCAAGCGCGCCAACAACUGACGAUUGAUUGGCCACCAUCUAAUCUAACCCUUACGGAUGGAUGCUUAUCAAAUAAGAGGGAUGUACAGCUAAGAUAAACCGUACGUACGCAGAGACAUGCGUAGUUGUAUUUCCCAAUCAAGCACGUAUAUAUGUGUAAUGCUCUGUAUGGUUCUGUUGGAUGGAGUAGAUGUGUAAUAAUAGUUUUUUUAUCACCUUAUGUCUUGGCUCUUGUAGAUGUAUCAUGUAUGCAUGUGUGUGUGAUUAUUGUAAGUUCAUAAUAUAAAGCUACAGGUAAAAAUAACAGAACACAUAGAAUU